AGUCAGUCAGUCGGUGAGUCGGUGCUCGGAGCCACGCGCACGUUAAUUUACUAUCAGCAGAAAAUAUAUGCCUGUCAACAGCAUUUCAGCCGCUGCUCUCCAACACCGAGUCUUCGGUUCAGUUUAAAAGCGUCGCUUUUCGCCGUGUUUCACUCUACCUAAGAGCUUUUCCUGGUGCUUUUGGGUGAGAAAAGCGCGUUUGUUUUGCUUGUGAAGGCAGCUUCAGUUUCUCAGCAAUGGCGACAGCUGCGGUUUCUGCCCCUGCUGGCGGCGGCCCGAACCCCGGAUCCGGUGCCGAGAUGGUCCGCGGGCAGGCUUUCGAUGUCGGGCCGCGUUACAGCAACCUCUCCUACAUCGGAGAAGGCGCUUACGGCAUGGUUUGUUCAGCAUAUGACCGUGACAAUAAAGUACGUGUGGCGAUCAAGAAGAUCAGCCCGUUUGAGCACCAGACGUACUGUCAGCGCACACUGCGUGAGAUUAAAAUCCUGCUCCGCUUCAAGCAUGAAAACAUCAUCGGUAUCAACGACAUCAUCCGCACGCCCACCAUCGACCAGAUGAAAGACGUUUACAUCGUACAGGACCUGAUGGAGACAGACUUGUACAAGCUGUUGAAGACGCAGCACUUGAGCAAUGACCACAUCUGUUACUUCCUGUAUCAGAUCCUGCGCGGCCUGAAGUACAUCCACUCCGCAAACGUUCUUCACCGAGACCUGAAGCCAUCAAACCUGUUGCUCAACACUACCUGUGACCUCAAGAUCUGUGAUUUUGGGCUCGCUCGGGUGGCUGAUCCAGAUCAUGACCACACCGGCUUCCUGACGGAGUAUGUAGCCACACGUUGGUACCGCGCACCAGAAAUUAUGCUCAAUUCUAAGGGUUACACUAAAUCCAUUGAUAUAUGGUCUGUUGGUUGUAUUCUGGCUGAGAUGCUUUCAAAUAGACCCAUCUUCCCCGGGAAACACUAUCUGGACCAGCUUAACCACAUCUUAGGUAUUUUGGGCUCCCCUUCUCAGGAGGACCUGAACUGCAUCAUCAACAUUAAAGCAAGAAAUUACCUGCUGUCCCUUCCUCUCCGCAGCAAAGUGCCCUGGAACCGCCUGUUUCCCAACGCAGACCCUAAAGCGCUGGACCUGUUGGAUAAGAUGUUGACCUUUAACCCCCAUAAGAGGAUUGAGGUGGAGGAAGCGCUCGCUCACCCGUACCUGGAGCAGUACUAUGAUCCUACAGAUGAGCCUGUUGCUGAGGCUCCGUUCAAGUUCGACAUGGAGCUGGAUGAUUUGCCCAAAGAGACUCUGAAAGAGCUGAUCUUUGAAGAAACCGCACGCUUCCAGCCAGGCUACAGACCAUAGCUGUGCACACAGGCGUUGGUCUGGAUUGAUUCAUGCUGAUGCUUCUGUCUCCACUGUGCGCUGUGCUCCUCUUUCGGCCUUUAUCGUCUUCAUCUUCAUCAUCUUGAACCGUAAAACUACAGCCAGCCCUCAACGUUCACCUGAACCCAGCCGAAAACAUCAACUCCUUCGUCCAUUACACUGGAAGAAAAGUGUAGAGCUUCUCUCACACUCUUCCUCUGCAUCUCGUCAAGGUUUUUGAUUACGAUUAAUUCUUUCUCUCCCAGUCCUCUGAUAUACUUCAGUGAAAAAA